UCGGCUAUCAGGUAGUUCACAGUGAGAUCUGACCUGAGAUCAGUGUGAGAGUGGAGGACAAAGGGAGGCUGACACACAGGAUGUUGUUACCUGCUUCACAGAAAGAAUAAGACGGAGAAUUACCAACAGCGAGCAUAGAGUCCAGGUCCAGAUGUCUUCAGGAGUUGGUUCUGCCGCCAGGUUCGACCGGGUGCGGGAGGUCCCACACUAUGAUCAGGUCCCUUUGGGCUCCUCCUGGCGUGACUCUGAUUUUCCUCCUCCCCCGUCGUCCUUACAUGGGACACUGCCUGCCCUGAGCUUAGACCCCCUUCCCCCUCCCCCUCUGCCUGAACAGCCAGCUGUGGGACCCGAAUCCUAUUACCCCCCCAGCGAUGGCGAACCGAUGGACCCAGACAGUGAGGUCAUGGACAUUAAGCCAGUCCACCGCUUCAUCCCCGACUCUGUCAAGAACUUCUUCCGUGGCAGUAAUCGCAGCAAUAAGAUCGAUGAAUGCCACACCACGGCAGGAGUCCCCUGCUCACCCCCCCACUCUGCCCCUCCGUCUCCGUCUCUUCCAGGGUCCUAUCGGGACCCGUACGGUGGCUCCGGGGGCAGCUACACCUCUCAGAAGGAGCGAGACGGGCUGCUGUUGGGCGCAGAGGCACUUGACUCGGCAUCUGCAGUGCCCACCACUCUCUCAGCUCUGACCUACCAUGAGCGGGUGGAGGAGUACCACCAGCGCUACGCCUACAUGAAGUCCUGGGCCGGCCUGCUGAGGAUCCUGGGCUGCGUUCAGCUGCUGCUGGGCGGUGCUGUGUUCGCCUGCGUCUGCGCUUACGUUCAUAAGGACAACGAGUGGUUCAACAUGUACGGAUACUCCCAGCCGCAGCUGUUUGGGGGGCUCGGUGGAGGUGCUGGUGCGUAUGGAUAUGGGGGCGGGUACUACACGGGCCCCAAGACGCCUUUUAUCCUGGUGGUGGCAGGCCUUGCGUGGAUUGUGACUGUUAUUCUCGUAGUUAUUGGGAUGACUUUAUACUACAGAGCCAUCCUUCUAGACUCGUCCUGGUGGCCCCUCACAGAGUGCUCCAUCAACCUGGUCCUGGCUGUGCUCUAUUUAGCAGCAGGCAUAGUGUACGUGAGGGACACCACUCGAGGAGGGCUGUGCAACAUGCCCGUCUUCAAUAACGGGAUAAACGGGGCGUUUUGUCGGACCGAGGCCGGCCAGACUGCGGCCAUCGUCUUCCUCUUCAUCAACAUGGUGCUCUACUUCAUCAGCGCAGGAGUGUGUCUGAAGCUGUGGAGGCACGAAGCAGCCAGGAUGAGGAAGGAGGGGCUGGCACAAGAGAUGAAAACAAUUGGAUCAUCAGUCCCUCUGUCCAUACUCGGUGCGGGCUCCAGGACCUCAGAGCAGACUCCUCCCCCCACCAUCCAGCCAGACAUCAUGGACGCUGCUAACAGCUCCGAAGCUGCUCCUCUGAGGGCGAUGGAGCCAGAGAUCCUAAGAGGUCACAUACCAGCAGGGCACAUCCCCAAACCUGUCGUUAUAGCAGACUAUGUGGCGAAGUAUCCCAGCAUCCACUCGGAGGAGGAGAGGGACCAGUACAAGGCUGUGUUCAAUGACCAGUACGCCGAGUACAAGGAGCUGCACGCUGAGGUACAAGCCAUGGCCAAGAAGUUUGAAGAGAUGGACGAGCUGAUGCAUAACCUUCCCGCCCGACCCUCCAGCCAAAUGGAGAAGGAGCGGAUCAACAGCAUAUUGAUGGAAUAUCAAAGGAAGAAAGCUGACCCAACGUAUUUGGAAAAGAGGGAGAGGUGUGAGUACCUAAAGAACAAGCUCUCUCAUAUCAAACAGAAGAUUCACGAGUACAACAAGCUCAUGGAAUAAAACAACAGCAACCAAACUAUGCCGAGCAACAACAAACACAGCCCGCCGCCGUACCAGCCAAAUGGCAGCAAACACCACAGCAGCAGACACCGGCACAGCGAGCUCAUGUCCAACCCGGCCUUCUCCUACUACCCAGGAGAGAAGAUGCUUCACUUCUACCGCUGGACUUCACCACCCGGUGUGAUGAAGAUCUUGUGUAUCAUCAUCAUCAUCAUGUGUGUGGCUGUGUUUGCCUGUGUGGCCUCCACACUGGCCUGGGACUACGAUAUGAGCCUCAUGGGUCUGGGAGGCGGAGCUGGCUUGUUGCCAGGUUAUGGCGGCACAUACGGUGGCACAUAUGGCGGUGGUGGUGGUGUGUUUGGCGGCUCUUAUGGCAGCAGUUACGGCAGUGGAUAUGGAGGCGGGAUUGGCUCUGGCAUUGGCGGUUCGUAUGGCUAUGGAGGAACACAGAUGGACCCCAGAGCGGGCAAAGGCUUCAUCAUCGCCAUCUCCGCCAUUACCUUCAUAGCUGUGCUCAUCAUAUUUGUGUUGGUUGUUUCGAGGCAAAACGCUGCCCGCUCCUCAAAGUUCUACCUUGCAACCAUCAUCAUCUGUGCCAUCUUGGCAUUUUUGAUGAUCAUUGCCACUAUUGUGUACCUGGUGGCAGUGAACCCAACAGCCCAGUCCACAGGGUCUGUUGCCUAUAGCCAGAUCCGCCAGCUGUGUGCCCAGUACCAGAACCAGAACCAGGCCCAGGGAAUCUUCCUCAAUCAGUACCUCUACCAUUACUGCGUGGUGGAACCCCAAGAGGCCAUAGCUAUCGUCCUGGGCUUCCUGGUGUUUGUUGCCCUCAUCAUCCUGCUGGUGUUUGCAGUCAAGACUCGCAACAAGAUCAGGCGCUGGGGCCGAGAUCGCAUUCUGUGGGAGGAAGUGAAGGUUGUCAAUGAUGGUCUGCAUAACAGCGUUGGAGAGUGGGUGAAAAACGUGUCUGGUGAGCCAGAUGUGCUGGUGAAUGAUGCUAAUCCCAAAGUUAGGGGCUCCAGAGACUAUCUGGACCACCUGGACAACAACAAGCCUCUUUACCUGCCAGGAGACUCUGACAUUAGCAGCUCUGUGGACGGCCUAAAGCCCCGGCUGAAGGACUAUGACACUGGUGUGGAGUCUGGAGACGACCUGGAGGAGGAGGACUUCUCUGUUUUGUUUCCUACCAUUUUGGAUGAGCAAGAGCGUCUGAUUUACAAACGGGAAUUUGACCAGGAUCACCGGGAGUACAAGAGCAUGCAGGCUGAGCUGGACAGCAUAAACCAGGACCUGGCCGACCUGGACAGAGAGAUGCACCAACACCCCGAGGGCAGUCCACAGUUCCUGGAUGCCAUGGAUGAAUACAUCAAACUAAAGAAUCUUAAGAAGUCCCCAGAGUACCACAUUAAGAAGAAGAGGUGUAAAUAUCUCAGGUCCAAACUGUCACACAUCAAGAGGAAGAUCAGUGAGUACGACCGCCGGCCCUGAAUCCUCACCUCUGGCCCCCCCCGACUUUGUAUCAAGCCAAUCCACUGUGAUUUUUUUUCUCCAGAGGAGAGGGGUGAAGGAUAUGUGGGUUUAUUUUUUACUAUUGUCUUUGAUCAAUUAUUCAACCUCUGUUGGUUUUAUGAAGAACUACUCAGGUGUAUAAUGAGUAUUUUAUUUUGAAGUCAGUGAGAGAUGUGUUAUGAAAUGAUUUUGUUUCAGUACUUGUUAUGAAGCAGUUAUUGUGCUUCUUUUUAGCCUUUUUAAAGAUGUUUGUGAAGUUUGAAGUUUGUGACUUUUAUGUACAAUGAAGGCACAGCUAAGAUGAAUGUGCUUGGCUGCGUUGAAUCACUGGACACUCACCCAGCACCCCCUUGUAAAUAAUGUUAAUUUUUAGACUUUGAAGCAAUUUUAUUUGUUUAUAGUAAGCUUUUUUAGUGUUUUAAGUGUCUGCAAAUAGUGAAACAUAUUUGUGAUUGUACGUUUUUGAUGACAACCUUUUGUCCGAUGGAUAUUAAAAGGAAAAGCCCAAGUGUAACAAAAUGUCUAAUAAUGGCUCAGUUCCCUUAAGAUUUUCCAAAUAACAUUUGUCCAACAUUUUUUUUACUGUAAUGAAUUUAAUUUCUCAUUUCAUUGUUAUUCAAAAGCAAAUGAUCAAAGUCUCUCACCCUGUAUUUUUUUAUUCUGCAGAUUUUCAUAAAUGAAAAUGAUGCGUGUAUUUUUUGGUGUGCAAUCCAUAGACUGUAUAAGGUGCAAUCACAAGUUUAUAUCCGUUUCUAUAAGAUAUGUUUUGGAGAACACAGGAAUGUAAACUAUCAAUAAAUAAAAACUUAUUGCCCUAA